AUGACUCCUAUUCAGCAUUCCUUACAACUGCUCGGGCUGUUUCAUUUUAGGUAUCUGCAAACUGAAAAUCAUGGGUCAGUACGUCUUGAAACCUCUUCGGCUAAAACAUUAAUGGAUAUUGGAACUCGGAGGAUCUUCUCAUCCGAUCAUGAUAUCUUCAGGGAAAGUGUGAGGAAGUUCUUCCAGGAAGCAGUGGUUCCUUUUCAUGCAGAAUGGGAGAAGGCUGGCCAGGUGAGCAGGGAGCUCUGGGAAAAAGCUGGACAACAGGGACUGCUGGGUGUCAACAUAUCAGAAAAGCAUGGUGGAAUUGGAGGGGAUCUACUCUCUUCAGCAGUGGUCUGGGAGGAGCAGAUGUAUGUUAACUGUACUGGCCCAGGAUUCAGCCUUCAUUCAGAUAUCGUCAUGCCUUACAUUGCAAACUAUGGCUCUAAAGAGCAGAUUGAGCGGUUUAUCCCUGAAAUGUCUGCAGGCAAAUGUAUUGGUGCUAUAGCCAUGACAGAACCGGGGGCUGGCAGUGAUUUGCAAGGCAUACGGACAUACGCAAAAAAGGAAGGAAGUGAUUGGAUUCUCAAUGGAAGUAAGGUAUUCAUCACUAAUGGCUGGAUGACUGAUUUAGUGAUUGUGGUUGCUGUUACAAACCGUGAAGCCCGCUCCCCUGCCCAUGGGAUCAGCCUUUUUCUGGUGGAGAAUGGAAUGAAAGGAUUCAUCAAAGGACGCAAGCUAGACAAAAUAGGCCUGAAAGCACAGGACACAGCAGAGUUGUUUUUUGAAGAUGUACGUUUGCCAGCCAGUGCCUUGCUUGGACAAGAGAACAAAGGGUUCUACUAUUUGAUGAGAGAGCUCCCUCAGGAAAGGCUGUUGAUUGCUGAUAUGGCACUUGCAAGCUGUGAAUUCAUGUUUGAAGAAACAAGGAAUUAUGUUAAACAAAGAAAAGCCUUUGGGAAAACAAUUGCACAUUUACAGACUGUGCAACACAAGUUAGCAGAACUGAAAACUCAGAUUUGCGUGGGCAGGACAUUUUUGGACAGCUGUCUACAGCUGCACCAGGAGAAAUGUCUGGACUCCUCCACAGCUUCCAUGGCAAAAUACUGGGCUUCUGAUCUCCAAAACAGCGUGGCUACUCAGUGUGUACAACUCCAUGGAGGAUGGGGGUACAUGUGGGAGUAUCCAAUUGCAAAAGCUUUUGUGGAUUCUCGUGUCCAGCCAAUCUAUGGUGGAACUAAUGAAAUAAUGAAAGAGCUUAUUGCUAGAGAUAUUGUGACUGACAAGUAGACAUCUGGCUACACUGAAGACUGUCACAAAUAAUAUGAUAUUAAAUCAGUCAUCAGAAUGCAAGUAGAAGAAAGAUGUAAUGUGUUUUACUGUGGGAAAGGAAACAUGGUUUGUACCUGUGGUGUCUAAUGUUAAAUGAAGAUUAUUAAUUUGUAAUGCUUUCUUUCCUGUUGGGAAACAUUUGGAUUGUACUCUGGACAAAUUCACAAAAGUUUUAGAGGUAAGAAGAUCUGUUUAUAUGUAAUGGUAGUGAAAAGCUAUGAGCACCGUGGAAUGUUACAAUUAACUUGAAAUCUUUGAAACAAUGUCAUAUGAAAUCCAGUCCUAACUGGUCAGAAUUAAAGACAAUCAAAUUGUCAAAGAAUCCACUUUCUUCCUAGAAAGUAAACAGCUGGGGUGUUUUUAAAAAAAAAAAAAAAAAAAAAAAAA